AUGCCAUUGAAAGAUAUGAAAGAUGCAGAUAUUUUGGACCAGUAUGAAAUGAACAUGGCUGAUGGAAAUAUAACACCUGACGUUCUAGAACAUUUAUCUCAAAGAACUACACAGAACCAUAGAGAUGGUAUAUUUGGUGAAGAGUUUAGAAAGAAAGUUAGGGAGGGAGAAGGAAGAGAACCUAUUGUACAUGACCUUGCAAACGAAAGUUUACAAAAUGUCAUAAAAACUUACUUUGCAGACAAUGAACCGAGAAGGGAUGAAUAUUUAAGAAAACUCAAAUGGACAGUACCAAAUGAAAUGUUAGUAUUGAAAAACAUGUUCCUUGACAAAAUAAAACCAACUACAGAAAUAAACGACGCAAGACUGAAAGAUUGGGUAGAAGCUUUCCCAUUCACAAAAGAUAUAGUUGGUAACAUGGAAAGAAAACCAGAAUGGCUACAAAAACAUAUAUUUGGAAACGAGCUUAUUCCAUAUGGACAGGCACUGUUUGAAGAGCUUGAACCAGAAACUCAGGAAAGAGUCAUGCAAACAAUACGCGAAGACUCAAAUACAAACUAUGACAAAAUCUUUCUAGGAUAUAGGUUACCUGAGAUGGGCGACCAGAGCCCAAAGGCAAAAAGGACAUGGGAAAUUUGCAACAUACUAGAUGAACAUAAUGCAAAGAUGCAACAACUUCAAGCAGAGGGCAAUGAAGGAAAAAGAAGAGUUAAAAACUCAGUCAGGAAGAAAGUAAAGCUUGGUCGGAGUGGGUUCUAUUAUGACAUAUAA